ACAUGACCUUGAUAAAUAGAUAUACGUUGAUUAUACGUAUAUAUCGUCCACACACACACCCACCGUCUCUUGAUCAACACAAAGGGUGGCCUUGAUAUGCACACAACCUGUUUGUAUAAAUGCCCAAGUGACUUGAAAUAGUUUCCUUAAGUUAUACAUCAAGUGGAAGUUACCUGAAGUGAAGCUUCAGACUCCGUGUAUCCUCAUUUUUUCUUGCUGGGAUUGAAAAGAUCAUUCAUUGAAUCAAAUCUGGCUAAAAAACAAGAAAAGAUGGUGCAGUUUUCUGCUUUUUUGAGCGGAUUGACGAAAAAUAUUUCAUCAAAAAAGGGGAAGAAACGAAGGAUUAACCUUGGAAGAGAAGCUACCGAGACUUUGGCAAAGGAAUCGCGGAAAAAUGGUUUAUUAUUAACUUCUUCGGGUAACGUUUGUGCCGAAUGGUCUAGUAAUUACAUAUCGGCUUAUUCCAAGGGUGGAAAUAAGGGAACUAAUCAAGAUUCCUUCAUCGUAUGGGAGGGAUUUGGAGGGAAGGAAGAUGUGAUGUUAUGUGGAGUUUUCGACGGGCACGGGCCAUGGGGGCAUCUUGUCGGAAAACGAGUGAAGAAAGUAAUGCCGGCUUAUUUGCUACACUAUUGGCAAGAAGCUAUGGCUCAAUGUUCAAUCUUGAUGGAUGGGGAAUUGUGUAAAAAUGCAAACUUUGAUCAAUUUGGUGUGUGGAAGAACUCCUUCACCAAGGCUUGUUCUAUGGUUGAUUAUGAUCUUGAGCUUCAUCCUGUAAUCGAUUCCUUUUACAGUGGUACAGCGGCUGUGACUAUAAUCCGCGAGGGAGAUCUUAUUGUGUUGGCAAAUGUUGGUGAUUCUAGAGCUGUUCUUGGGACCACUUCAGACGAUGGGGAGGUGAUAGCCGUUCAACUAACUGUAGACUGUAAACCGAGUUUAUCUAAGGAAAGAGAGAGGAUAUACACAUCAGGAGGGUGUGUGUGCGAAUCAGAUGAUGAGCCAGGAGUGUCUAGGAUUCGAGUUUCAAUCAACGAGAUACCAGAAGGUCCAGGACUUGCGCUUUCAAGAGCUUUCGGUGACUUUUUUGUUAAAGAUUCCGGUCUUAUUUCCGAGCCUGACGUGAUACAAAGAACCUUGACCACACGCGAUCGUUUUGUUAUUUUGGCAACUGAUGGGGUAUGGGAUGUUGUCUCAAAUGAAAAGGCGGUGGAGAUUGUUUCAUCGUCAGCAGACGAAAGAGACGAAUCAGCAAAACGCCUGGUUGAGUAUGCAGCCGCUCAGUGGAAAUGUAAACGACCGGGAUUCGCAAAAGAUGAUAUCUCAGUUGUCUGCAUAUUUUUCAACAAUCCAUCGUCUUCUCAAGAUUAAGGAAGGAUCUAUAUAUGCAUGGGUGUUGUAUAUGGUGACCGGUGAGCAAUGUCUUAUUGCUAGCUUAUUAGUCUCCACAUGCGUAUUAUUGUAAACUAUUCCUUUCUUAUAGAAGUUGUAACUACCAGUGUUUUAUAACACCGGUAAUUAAAUUGGUUGCCUUGCCGAUCCACUGGUCGAACUAUCAACCUUCUCUGUUCGGCUUCCUCAAUACGGUCGACCAAACAGUCUACCGGUCAAUGAUUUUGUCAAUUCCCAUCAUAGUUUGUAACAUUUGAGAUUUUAAUCCUUCAAAUCCAUCUA